AUGGAAGUCGAUAUAAAAAUAAUAAAAGAAACCCAAAAGUCUCUCGGGAAGUUGAUUAAACGUCCCCAACUGACGGAUAAGCUGUUACAAAAACCUCCUUUUCGCUUUUUGCACGACAUAAUAAAAGCAAUUAUCAAGGAUACGGGAUUCUUAGCGGGACUUUUCACGCCCGAUGAAUUGGAAUACGAGAAAAUCAAGGAUAAAGAAUCCAAAGUGGCUUUUUUGACUAAGUUGAUAAAUGUUGUGAAGAUUACUUCGGGCAAGAAUUUGACAGUAAGACCUUCGAAGAUUAUCGCGGGACUGGAAGCUGCGAAAACGAAUGAAUUGCUACAGGCAAUCGCGUUUUGUGUGGAUCAGAAAAUUGAUAGUAAGGAAGCGAUUCAAAAGGUCAAGGAAGAGUUAGGGGGCGGGGAUGAAACUAAAGUGGCGCCAUCUAGUAAAGUUACUAAACAAAAGGAAACGAAAACUCAAGCUCAAACUAAGAAAGAGGAAAAACCGAAGAAACCAGCUGAGAAAAAGGGAAAAGUGGCGCCAAAGGGAAAAGUUGUCGCGAAACCUGUCGUCGAACAAACUCCUGAACCGGAAACGAAUUCAGAAUCAAAGACAGAAACUGAGAAAGAUAGUGUCAAAGAGUUUAAAAAACUAGAGGAAGAGGCUGCCAAAGCUGAAGUCAAACUUGAACGAGGAAAAAGUGUCAAUGAGGAAGAAGUUUCGGAACGUAAAAUUUCGCCGCCUAAUGAAGUUCCGGCAGUUACAAAACGUCGCAAAAGUCUCACUCAUGCGGAUGCCGUUGACUCAAUUGACCUUCAAAAGGAAGAUGUUCCCAAAGAAGAGCCAAAUGUCAUCGAUGAACCUCCCGCAAAAGACCCAAAAGAACCUGAAACCGAACCAGAACAACCCACAGAACCUCCUGCGCAAGAAUCUCAACCAACCCCCAACAAACGCACCGAUAGUGGGCGCCAAAGUCGCAUGAGCGGUCGUCGUCAAUCCGUCGACGUCGUAGCUACCGAACAAAACGCCAAACGCGAAGCAUCCGCCGCGCAAAAGGCAAAAUUCAUGCGUACCCAAUCCGAGGACAAAAUGGUUAAGCUCCGCCCACAAUCCGUUCGCCCGCCCUCAGCUCGUCCCGGCGCACCAAAACGUCGCGACAAAAACAUCGAAAUAAUCCUGCAGCCCGAGGAAAUUGUCAAACCCCAAACUGACAUCAUUGCAAAGCUCGAUACGCUCGAAGCGGAGCUCGAGGACAACGUCGACAACUUGGUGAUCAUUGAAGAUCCCACUGUCAUGGACGACGGCAUUAUCCCAGCUAGCAAAACGGAUCUCAUCGAUGUUUCCGGCGAAAAAGAGGGCGCUCUUGUCCAACAAAUUCUCGAAACGCAGCGCGAAUUCACGAACGCCGCCGGAAAUGAGCAAAAACAAUCAGAAACCACGUGGGAGUCGCCAUUCGAUAGUCGCGCCUUGACUUCAGCAAAAACUGAGGCCUUGCGCGAAAGUAUUCAAAAACUCACCAAAUCCGUUAAUCCGUUGGGGAAAUUGUUGGAUUUCAUGCAAGAAGAUAUCGAUUCGAUGCAAAUUGAAUUGACGCAACAACUGGAACUUUAUCGGACAGCUUUGGUGGAUUUGGAAGCGGAAAAGGCAGCAACUGAGGCAGCUCUUCAGCCAUUUAGGCAACAAGUGCAUCAGUUAAGGGAAAAUAUCAAACAUUAUGAAACGGCGAUCAUGGAUGUUCGAUGCAACAUUUUGAACAACGAACAAAAAAUAUUCAAAAAACUCAACGAAAUUUAG